UUCAAUCGUUAAGCCUCUGAAUAUGCGUAGUAUAUAAUUAGGCCCACUUCUGCUCCUCCCUGACACUCACCAGCUCCACGGUUCUCCGGCUUCAAACGUCUGGGCAGAUUGCCCUGUGUAACAUCGUCUCAAACACUCUUUCCUCAGAGCCUUUUCCUCUUCCAAAUUUUCCUAUCCUUCUUCCCACUAUGGGCCUCAGACUUUUCGGCCUUGGAGGCGGCCAAGAGCCUUCUUUGGAUGAAAUCCACCAGCAACAAGAGCGCCGUCCCUCCGCAACGGAAGCCAUUGCUGUCAAUAGGCGCCGCAAAAGCGUCAGUGAUCGUCAGAUUACUGGUGCUUCCCAAAUCACAACCCGCCAAUCUAUUGUACCCGUUUCACUCGUCACUACGCUCUUCUUUCUCUGGGGUUUUGCCUAUGGAUUGCUCGAUGUCUUGAACUCUCGGUUCCAAGUUGCCCUGCAUAUCACACAGGGUGAAUCUUCUGGUCUUCAAGCUGCUUACUUUGGUGCCUACUUCAUCGGUCCCCUGACCUACUCUGGCUGGUUCGUUCGCAAGUUCGGCUACCGCUACACCUUCAUCUUGGGCCUGUCGAUUUACUGCGUCGGCGCCCUCAUGUUCUGGCCUUCUGCCGUUAAACGGUCAUUCGGUGGUUUCUGCGGCUCCAUGUUUAUCGUCGGCUCCGGCCUCUCCACCCUCGAAACGUCAGCGAACCCCUAUAUUGCGGUUUGCGGUCCUCCGAAGUGGAGCGAAUUCCGUCUCGAGCUGUCCCAGUCCUUCCAGGCAGUUGGGUCUGUCGUUGCUCCAGUGCUAGCUAGCUACGUCAUCUUCAAAGAUGUUGGCGAGAACGGGGAGUCUUUGACUAGCGUUCAAUGGGUGUAUCUAGGGAUUGCCGGAUUCGUGGCCCUGCUUGCUGUUGUUUUCUAUUUUGCUCCUAUUCCAGAGAUUACGGAUGCCGAUAUGGCUGAUCAGGCUGAAAUGACCACAUCCGCAACCGGCUACCAAGACAAGCCCCUCAAGAAACAAUACACUCUAUUUUGGGGCGUCGUCGCUCAGUUUUCUUACGUCGGCGCUCAAGUCGGUAUCGCGGGCUACUUCAUAAACUUUUAUACUCAAGCGCGUCCUGACGAACCCACAAUUGUUGCCCAGAAGCAGGGUGCCAACUUCUACGCCAUCGCUCAAGGUCUUUUCGCUAUCGGACGUUUCAGCGCUGCUGGGUUGAUGUACAUUACGAAACCUCGACUCGUCCUCCUAGCAUAUCAGACGCUCAUCAUGGUAUUCAUUGUCGCAGCAAUUGCAGUCGAUUCCGGUCACGGCGUCAAUGCGAAUUGGGGCGGUCUGAGUAUGCUCAUGAUCGUCUUGUUCUUCGAAUCCUGUAUCUUCCCUACCAUUUUUACGCUCUCCCUACGUGGUCUCGGCCGUCACACUAAGCGUGGCGCCUCCUUCUUAGUUGCUUCCGUCUGUGGUGGUGCCGUCGUCCCUGCAAUUUUAGGAAAUGUAGCUGAUAAGAUUGGCACGAGGAAGGCCAUGGUUGUUCCGCUGGCAUUCUUCCUUAUCGCAUGGAGUUUUCCGAUCUACUUGAACGUCUGUAAAGCUAAGGAGCUCGAUGCCUAUCGUGAAUCUCAUGUUGGAAUUGAGGAGGGUGCCGUGGAUCCGGAUUCUAGGCUCGCAAGUAUUUCAGCGGGUAUGGAAAAGUACAAGGAUGUUGAAGCUGCGAAGAUUGAGGUCAAGGGAUAUUAGGCGAUGUUAAGAAGAGGCUGGAGAACGAAGAAAGGAGACCUCUUCUUUCUCUAUCUUUUGGUAGGGUAUCCAGAGUAUAUAUGUAAAUAGCUAUCUGUAAAUAUGAC